AUGGAGCAUUCUCUAAGCACCCUCUUAGCACAGAAUGAUAAUGUUGGCCAUGAGCAAGCCAUCUACUACCUGAGUAGGAUCUUGCAGGGAGCCGAGCACCGAUACCCCAUGGUUGAAAAAGAAUGUCUGGCCCUAGUGUUCGCAAUUCAGAAAACGCGACACUACUUGGUCGGUCAAACCAUUCAUGUCAUCUCUCGGAUGAAUCUCAUCCGAGUCUUCAUGACACAGCCCGGGUCCUUGAACUGGCACGUGAUGCGAUGGGCACUCUUGCUUUCUCAAUACAACAUCUAUUUCAUGUCGCAGAAGUCUAUCAAAGGACAAGCGAUCUGCGAUCUCAUAGCCAAACCAUGUACCAAUAAUGUGACUGAGUACAAUGCAUUGCUCAUUGGACUCGACUUCGCCAAGGAAUUUGGGGCAAAGCAUCUUGAAGCUUUCGGUGAUUCUCAACUCAUCGUAAGACAGAUGAUGGGAGAAUAUGAAGUCAGAAAUGACGACUUGAUCCCAUGUCACCAAGCGACCAUCAAGCUAGCCGAAUCAUUUGACAUCUUCCACAUCGAGCACGUGCUCUGUUCUAAGAACACACAUGCAGAUGCAUUAGCGUCAUUGGCAGCUAACCUAGCCCACGCCAAGGAAUUUGGGGCAAAGCAUCUUGAAGCUUUCGGUGAUUCUCAACUCAUCGUAAGACAGAUGAUGGGAGAAUAUGAAGUCAGAAAUGACGACUUGAUCCCAUGUCACCAAGCGACCAUCAAGCUAGCCGAAUCAUUUGACAUCUUCCACAUCGAGCACGUGCUCUGUUCUAAGAACACACAUGCAGAUGCAUUAGCGUCAUUGGCAGCUAACCUAGCCCAGCCGCUGGGGACAAGCCAACAAGUCAUCGUCGCAAGCUGA